CACAUUUUUCAUAACAUCCGCUUUAUGUAGGAUGAAUGCAGAAGUAGAUAUUAGCUCAUUUUGUAGACACAUAAAAUAGGAAAAUGUCGUGGAAAAGCGAAGGCUGCUCUCUUCCUCGAGCCUCCCUGUGUCUCCUCGUCCCUCCGGUGAGGCUUAUGUCUGCCUUCAUGUGGCAGGUAGUGCAGCAGCGAAGUGUGUUGCAGUACGACAAGCUGGCGGACUUCAUCAGUUUGGCAGCAGAAAUGGUCCCAGAGCUGCUCAGUCCUACCCAGAAGACUCAGCUCAUCCUGGGCCUGAGAGCAAGGCUGGUUCUGGAGCUGUGUCGUUGUGACGGCGUAGCCAACCUGCAGAUCAUCCAGAGCCAACUAGAUAAAAUCCACACCUGCAGUGCUGAACUGAGCUCCAGUGAUCAGAUGGCCAGUUCUGAUAUAUUAAAGACGUCUUACAGCAACUUUGCCAGCCUGGUUCAGAACAUGUUGAAUGUUCCUUUUGAGAAGGAGUUUUUUUUCCAGGAGAUUUUUCCUGCCAGCUACGGCUCUGCCUACAACCAAAGGAUCCACCAGCUCAUGUCUGUGUUCCUGUCCAGACUGGAAGAGCUGCUGCCCAUACCAGACCUGCAGCAGACAGCAGCUUGGCUCACUGAAACGCCUGUAUCAGAAGAAAUUGGACUCCAUUUAUCUGAACCCUUUGCCUUGAAGGCUCUGCUGCAUCAUCACAGGCAGCUGGGGACUUUAAAUUCAGUGUGGUCAAGCAGUGAGGAGGACAUCAUUUUGUCCACACUAGCCCUCUCUUUGCAAACGGCUGCAGAGAGGUUCACUGAGCCGUAUAAUCAGGAAGAUGAUGGUAGUGAGGAAGGGACACCAGCACUGGAGGGAUUCGAAGAAGAGUCAAGUCAAGGCUUAGAUGUCACAGCAGAUGAUUGGCUGCCAAAAAAGAAAGAAGGUCCUCUAUCUUGUUUGUUCAUCUGCCCUCAGUGUUCAUUCACACACCGCUUAAAGAGGAAAGUCCAAGAGCACAUCCAGAGUGAGCACCAGAUGACAGCUUCUAUUCAGACAAAGGUUUCUGGUAAAACAGCCAGGAGAAAGAUGGGACAGAAAAGUCAGAAUCCUAUAAAAAACAAGUAAAAGGUGACUCAGAGAAACGAAGGAAAAACAAACAAAAAAGUGUGGAUAAAAACUGGGAACGCAAGCAGAAAAAGGACAAUUUAGAAAAUAAGGAAAGUCAUAGAUGGAAAGAGCACGCACAGGAAGACAGAAGGUUUCUGAGUACACGCCCUGUGAACAAGAGCUUCACAGAGGAAGAAACCAAAUGUCUGAUUUGUGAAAAGCUCUUUGAACAUCCAAAUCAACUGAAGACCCACACGAAGCUCCACAGUUUUCCCUACCAUUGCAUCCAGUGUGAGAAGGGAUUCACCAGCCAGUCAGGCUUUUAUCAGCACAAAAGGCUUCACAAGAGAGGACGAAUAUUCAUCUGUAACCAGUGCAACAAGGGAUUCCUGUGCAAUUAUUCACUGAAGCAGCAUGAACGCCUGCACGAUGGUCCCACCAACUUAUGCAACAUCUGUGGAAAACACUUCAGCAAAGCUGGUAUCACAAGACACAUGC